AUUGAAUAUAAAGUUUGAAAAUGAGUGAAGAUCAAAAUGUAAUCGCUCAACUCAAGUCCCAAAUCAAGGACUUGGAACAAAGCUUAAAAAUUAACAAAGAACUUAUGCAAAAUGUUCUAAUGGGAGUCGGUUCUGAUGAUUCCUUGAAACAAGUUAUUCAAAAAUUAGAAGAAGAAAACAAUCGACUCAGCCAGGCUUUACACAAGGAACAUAAGGAGAAGGUAUAUCUCUAUGAGACUACUAAAAAGUGCAAAGAACAGAUGGAUAAAGACCAUGAGUUGCUGAAGGAUAAGGAGCACAAGUUCGAGAUUUACCUACAGAAGUGUAGACAAGAUCUUGACGAGAGAAAUAGGACGAUUGAUCAACAAGCAAAGGCCAUUGAGAAGUUAAGACCCAUUGUUGAAAGAUUCGAGAAGGAAAUGGAAACAAAGGAAGAAGGCAGCUCCUUCAGGGAGACCGAGACAGAACAAAAGGAGAAAACACUAGAGAAUAACAGGCAAAAUUCUGCCUCUAGCAUGGAAUCUGUUGAGGUAGAAGUAAUAGUCAAUGAGAAUGAGAAAUUAGCUAAAGAUCUCAAAAAAGCAAAUGACGAGAUAGAUAGGUUAAGGAAUAACCUAUGAGAUGUGUCUGAUAUCGUUGGGGAAGAUACAUCUCACGGAAAAACAUUUGAUUAUGGAUCAGCUAUGUAUGCCACAGGUGAUGCUGAUGAUCCUAACUUUAUCAAGGAUCUUAGCCAGACCUUUGAUAUGGGGACCAAACCUGUUGUAGUCCCUGUUCUCGAUUUUAAGAGGCUCAAGCAUGUCAAGUCCUUUAAAGACUGGCAUGGAUAUUCACAGAAGUUGGAGAAGUCAUUGUUGUUACUAAGAGGUAGAAUUAAAAAUCUUGAAGAUGAAAGAUCAGAUUUUUCUAAUAAAUACAUGAAAAUGAAGAACCAGAAUCAGAAUUUAUAUCAUCUCAAUGAAAAAUUAAACAACACUAUCAAAUAAAUUAAACGAAAGGUUGAAGGAGGCCUCAAACUGGAGACAGAGAUUCGAAAUGACAAUGCCUCCUGUGGGUCCUAACUACGUAAGUUUUACAAUGAUGGAUAUGCAUAAGACCAUAACAAAUAAGAAGAAUUUUAACAAUAACUAUGCAACCGAAAAUGGAGAUGGGCUGAAUCACAGCUUUACAGCAAGCGAUAUUGAGCAUCCAUCUACAAAUUUUGAUAAGGAAAUUCAUCAGUUUUCCCAAAACUCUUCUUCAAAGGAUAAGUCAAGUAGCGAUAGGAAGCAUGGCCAGCAUAAGAAAUCUCAGAGUAUGACUGCUGGUGGAAUCAAGCCAAGCAACACUUUCUCGACUCCUGGCAUCUAUGACCCUAAUGAAUCUCCCAACUUUAUCGGCAAUAAGCAAUUUAACUUAGGCGAUGACAUCAAAAUCACAAAAAGUCAGAUCAAACAGAAACCCCAUGACAUUAAUAGAUACGUUCAGAGGAAGAAAAAGAGAGGGACUGGAAAGAAGAAGGUAGAAGGACUAAGCAGCAGCAAAACUGAUGCUUUUCCUCCCCCUCCCAAAUCGAUCAUAAAGAAAAGCCUCAAUAAAUUUAAUUAGUUCAUACAAUUCUUAGA